AUGGAACCAGCGAAUAAGAAAGUGAGGCUGGAUGAGAAGGAAGUGAUUGAAAUAGGCAUCAUCGGCCUAGGUGACAUGGGCAGAAUGUAUGCCAAAACAUUCAUCAGGGCGGGCUGGAAGAAGGUGAAUGUUUGCGAUCUACCAGAGAAAUAUGAGAAGAUAAAAGAGGAUUUCAAAGACUCUGGUCUCACCGUGCUCAAGGAUGGACAUGCUGUAUCAAGAAGAAGCGAUUUUAUUAUUUACUCAGUUGAAGCUGCUGCCAUAGACAGUGUCGUAAGUCGGUUUGGUCCCUCUACCAAGAUGGGAGCUGUAGUUGCAGGCCAAACAUCAGUCAAGGACCCUGAAAUCAAAGCAUUCGAGAAACACCUGCCACCCGAUGUACACAUUGUAUCAUGCCACUCACUUCAUGGACCAGGUGUCAAUCCAAAGGGACAGCCGCUCGUUCUGAUAAAACACCGAUCAGACGAAGCCCAUUUUGAACUAGUUCGGAGAGUAUUAACAAGUCUAGAAUCCGAAUUUGUGUAUCUCAGUUACCUCGAACACGAUCAAAUCACAGCUGAUACUCAGGCUGUAACUCAUUUGGCAUUCCUGUCUAUGGGAAGUGCUUGGAAGGCUAUGGGUGCUUAUCCGUGGGAGAAUGCUGCUGGUAUUGAGAAUGUCAAGAUAUUGAUGGCGUUGAGGAUUUAUGGAAACAAGUGGCAUGUUUACGCUGGUCUGGCUAUACUGAACCCAUCUGCACAGCAACAAGUCAAACAGUAUGCACAAUCUGUAUCAGACUUGUUUGGACUCAUGAUACAAGAAAAGAAGGAAGAGUUCAGUCUUCGAGUGAGAAGGGCGGUUGAAUACGUUUUUGGUCCACCAAGCACACAAAAGAGGGAGAUCCUGUUGGAUGAAGCGACACUGAAUCAGUUUUCAUUGGGAUUGUCAAGUUCAACAAGACUACCGAACAGUCACUUGUCACUGUUGGCUAUGGUCGACUGUUGGUACACCCUGAAACUCAAUCCUUACCACCAUCUCAUAUGUCAGACACCACCGUUCCGAUUACUGCUGGGUAUAACAGAAUACGUUGUCGCCAAUCCAGACCUGCUGACACUAGCUAUCGAAACCGCAUUGUAUGAUAAACGGAUACGUGGUGACGAUAUGCAAUUCUAUUCAGCUACUCGCGGUUGGGCUGAAUGUAUUGCUGUUGGAUCAUUUGAUACGUAUAGGCAUAGGUUUGAAGAAACUGCCACCUUUUUUGGAGACAGGCUGAAGGAAGCCGGAGCUGUCAGCAGUCGUCUCAUUGCUUCGGUUACUAGUAACAGUAAUAGUGGAACCAAAUAA